UAUAACUUAUAAAUAAAUGAGUUCGAUAAUCUCUUACUACGUAAACAACGUAACAUAAUAUUAUUUUAAAUACCUGUAUAAAGGGUGGGAUGCACGACAACAUUAAAACGUACCUAAUAUUUUUGUAUAUUUUUCUUCGGCCUAGCAAGACGGCAGCAAGAGCCAAGAAGACACCAUCAAAUCUAUCUCCGAGGCACAGACGCGACACCGCCACAGUCAGUACCAUAGUCCGUGUGCUGUGGGAAUGAAAAUUCGGCAUCAGUUAGAUAGCGUUAUAUGGGUACCUACAUUGAUUACCAUACGCAUAUUAUUGUCCUGCAGUAUUGUCCUGCAGUAUUGUCCUGCAGUAUUGUCCAUUAUUGCAACGGAUUGUAUUCAACUACAAAUUACAAUACAUAGGUGUAAUGUCAGUAAAAGAAAUGGAUGCCUCACAGACUUCAUCGUGUGAAAAUGAUCUAAAGCCAGUUUUGAAAACCAAUAAAUGUGCACAAACACAUUUCAGAAAUAACCUUCACUCUGUUAGAAUACUAGAAGAAUUACAAUCUCAACGCAAAAAUGAAAUUUUAUGUGAUAUCAGAUUUGUAACAGAUGAUGGAUGUAUAACGUUUGGUCAUAAAAAUGUUCUAACGGCAGCUAGUCCAUAUUUCCGAGCGAUGUUAAAUAAUUUUGAUAAGAACAAUAAAGAUCUUGUUAAUAUAAGAGAAUUAGACUCUAUCAUUUUACAACUAUUAAUAGAUUAUAUUUAUACUGGUGAAUUUAUAGUGACAAAUGAAAAUGUACAGGUUUUAUUACCAGCUGCUAACAUCUUACAGUUAGAUUAUGUAAGUGCUGCAUGUGCUGAGUUUUUACAAAAACAACUGGAUGCAUCGAAUUGUCUUGGUAUCAGAGCGUUUGCUGACUUGCAUAACUGUACGGAAUUGUUGUCAAGUUCUGAUGCAUUAAUAAAAAAACAGUUUCUGGACGUGGUUAAAACGAGUGAGUUCCUAUCUUUACCUUUUGAAGAUGUGGUUAAGAUUAUUUCCUAUAAUGACCUUGCUGUUCCAUUUGAAGAAAAAGUAUUUCAAGGUGUUAUUAAAUGGGUAAAAAAUAGUUUGGAUUUGAGAAAAAAUUAUUUACCAGAAUUAAUGGAACAUAUACGUUUGCCAAUAUUAGCAUCCAGGCCUGAUAUAUUAUUUAAUAUAAUAAACGAACCUCUUCUAAAGAAUAAUCCUAAAUGUAAAGAUCAUAUAAUUGAAGCAUUAAGUUUUAAUCUACAAAAAUCAUUUCAUAAUUUUGCCAUUCCACAAUCAAUACGAUGUAAACCUAGACAGUUAAAUGGUUCUCAAAAAGUUAUUCUAAUGUUCAAUCGGUCUAAAACAUUGCCAAUGUGUUAUACAGAAUGGUAUGACCCAGCAACCAAUCUACGAGAGAAGGCACCAGGGAUAAGUAAUUGUCGUCAGUUAGCUGGUCUCGGCGUGAUAAAAGAACAGUUGGUUUUUGCUGUAGGAGGUGUAGAUCAAAAAAGUUCUAAAUCUGUUAUUAUGCUAGAUGUAUCUCAACAAUCUCCAUUUUGGGUUCCAAUGGUUGAUAUGUUAGUUAGACGACAUAGAUUAGGGGUUGGCGUAUUAGAUAAUUGUAUAUAUGCAGUUGGUGGACGUUUAUUCAACCUUAUAUUGAAGAGUGUAGAGGUAUUCGAUGUUAGUAUUCAAAAAUGGCGAAUGAUGUCUAAUAUGACAAUUGAGAGAUAUGAUUUGGGUGUUGGUGUUCUCAAUAAUCGUUUAUAUGCGGUUGGAGGUGUUAAUAGUGAAGUUUUGAAAUCUGUGGAAUAUUAUGAUCCCAGUCUUGACAAAUGGAUGCCAGUUGCAGAAAUGUCUGUAUGUCGUCAAGGUGUUAGUGUAGGAGUCUUGGACGGUCUUUUGUAUGCUAUUGGUGGCUAUGAUACAAGAGGGAUUCUUAAAAGUGUUGAGGUUUAUAGACCAAGUGACGGAGUUUGGUCUUUUAUAGCUGAUAUGCAAUUCCCUCGAUACAGGCCUGGAGUAGCUGUAUUAGAUGGUUUAUUGUAUGUCAUGGGUGGAGAAUUUAAUGGUACUGUAGAAAUUUACAACCCAAUCACCAAAACUUGGACCAUGGAUAGACUGCAGUCAAAACAUGAAUUUUUUGGUGGAGUAGUUGUCAAUAGACCAUCACAUCAUAAAUAAUCAGCAUAAAACAGAAUGUUCUCACUGUUGUUAAUAAUUUGAACAUAUUUAUAAAUAAUUCAUGAUGAUACGUGUAUUGUUCUAUACAUUUUUGUUUUUGUGAAUGUUUUAUAAUUUAAAUUUGCAAAUUAAUUAAAUAAGCUAUACAGUUAAUUAGGUUGCACUGUUGCAGUAUACCAGCAAAGAAUUAUAUUAUUUACAUUACAAUAUUUUAUAGAUUCUGAGUGGAGUAAUCAAUGUAUUGAUUUUACAAUGACCUAUGUUUUUUUUUUGUGUAUAUCUGUAAACAAGAAUUAAUUAGAAAAACCAUUUAGAUUUUCAAUUUUAGAGCUGUUUUCUGUAAGGAAAUUUAUUAUAAUCUGUACUUUUUAAAUCAACUUUAAAAAUUGAAAAUUUCUAGGAAAAACAUAACAAAAAAAUGUGAUAAGUGGGUAUUGUUUUGUUUCACAAUAGGUGCUUAGAAGGGUCACCGUAAUGUAUUGUUUAAAUUAGAAUUUAUUGAUAAAAAUCAUUGUAUACGAAAGGAUACUGAGCAAAGACAGUCUGCCUAUAUUACUAAGUAUA